UUCAAAGGAAGCCCGCCCCCGCCGCGCUCGCGCUGCGCCGGGCCGUCACGUGGGGCCGGCGGGCCCGGGCCUGUGCGGGGCGUUCCGGUUCCGGGCGCGGCGGGGUCGCCAUGGCGAGCAACGCCGCCAGCCUGAACGCCGUGAGGGAGACCAUGGACGUUCUGUUUGAGAUUUCAAGAAUAUUAAACACUGGCUUGGAUAUGGAGACAUUAUCUAUUUGUGUGCGGCUUUGUGAACAAGGCAUAAAUCCAGAAGCAUUAUCUUCUGUUAUUAAAGAGCUGCGUAAGGCUACAGAAGCUCUAAAGGCUGCUGAAAAUAUGACAGGCUGACAUGGGACAAGAUCUCUUCCUGAGAAGAAUGCCAGGUUAUACUUACCAGGAGCUCUGAAGAUUGCCACUAUUAAGAAAAAAAAAAUUGAAAUAAGUGUAUGUCAAGGAUUCAGAGUACUUCUGUAGUACUUUUCAAAAUAAUUGAAAAGUUUUUAAAAAGUUCGCCAGUAAUAUUAUUAGUUGGUACUUUUGUGAACUGUAUGUUUGUGAAUUUAGUGCAAUUGCUCUUUUUGGCAUCCUGUACAUGUAAAAUCACACCAGAUAUUGUACAGUUGUUGAAUUUACCAGUGUGUACCAACAAUUCUUGUUAUAAUGAGCAGAGCUUUGUUAAUGCAUUCUUUAGAAGAGGUAGUAUAUCAUGGGUUUUAUCUUUUCCUUUGAUGAAAAACUAUAUGUGCAAUUUUAGUCUUGCUUUAUUGUCCAGAUAGGAAUGACACCCAUACUGACUCUAUUUUAGUGUAAGGGCAGUAACUUAAAUCUCAAGCUAAAGGUAAUAAAUAAAGCAUUUUUUUAAUAAUGUAGGUAAUGAAUUGUGCUUUUGAUUUCUAUUCAAAUUGCUGGGAAAAGUGUUUAACUUAGAUAACAAAAUUCUUCAGCUAUCCAUAUAUCCAUAUCCAACUAGAUAUGUACAUAAAUUUAAAUUCUAGAUGACAUGGAAUAUUUCACAGAGAGCAGAUGCUACAUUUAUUACAUUUAUAGUAUAUACAUACUCUUCUGACUGCAGGAUCUAAAAAUAUUAAUGCUUUAUCGUUACUGCAAUACAAUAGUCAGUGCUUACAUGAGGAGCAUCUGAUUUGGUUGAUGAGUGUCAGUAAGUCUUAAAUAGCUGCUUGGUACAGGAAUGUCUUCAAUUUCAUUGAAGGUAAAGCACUGGAAGCCUUCACUGAUGCCAAAACAAGUGUUAAUGCCCAGUAAGUAUCUGUGCACACAGGAGUUCUACUUUGUAAGAAAAUGGUGUCUUGUGUGUUCUUCACCUGCUGCUGUUUAAGUUUUUGGGGCUUUUUAAAGGUCUUUUGAUAUUUUGUUAUGCUGUUUUCAAAGUGUAGCGCUAAUAGGGCCUAAACCAAUCUGCAGGGUUAACAGGACAAAGCACAUUUGGAAAUGAACCUGGAAUCUUAGUUAAGCCAGAAGUUAUAUUUGUGCAGAGAUAAAAAGUUCUUUUUACUUGAAGAGUUUGCAUCAUAUACACUCCAGAUGACAGCUGUACAAAAAGCAAUAAAGCAAAUAUUUCAUAUUGCUGACAAAGAGAAUAGAAAAAUAUUUAUAUUGCACUGAAUCACUUGCCUUUAUUUCCAGUUAGCGUGGCCAAAAUGUCAUUCUGGGAAGGUGCUGUAAAUAACUAAACCAGGGAAUUUAAAUGGUUUCAUUUUGCACACUCAAUUGCAUCAAUUUACCAAGGACUUUAAAUGUUCAUAACCUGAAUAUUUACUAUGAAAAGAGACCACAAUGAAAUUUAUCAUAAGAAAUCUGAAAAUUCAGUAAAAUAGGAAGAGUUCAGGUCAGAUCAGCACAAAUAAGAAAUUAACUCUCUUACUUAAUUUUCUCUAGACUCAAUACUACAUGUCUAAAAUUAGAAAAGACUUGGGAGGUAUUCUCACUUGUUUCAGGAGUUACAUCUCAGUCUAUGAGAUUUGCCUUGUAUAAUUUAAACUCUGAAAAUUUUCUGUAAGCUGUAGCAAAUGUACCCAGAAUAAUAAUGAAACUUUUUUAGAACAUA